AUGUUUUCAAGGUUUUCUGUUGAUCGUUGUGCUGUUUUCUUUAAGACAAUUUCAUGGUUUUCAUCUUCUUCGAGUAGUCGUGUUAGUGAUAUUAGAAAUGAACUAAUUGUUAAGCGCAGUAAAAUUCUCCUUGGAGGGGGUCAAAAUCGGAUUGGCGAUCAGCAUAAAAAAGGAAAGCUGACUUCACGUGAAAGAAUUGAUAUCCUCCUCGAUGAUGGCAGUUUUACGGAAUAUGAUGCCUUCAUGGAACAUAAUUGUACUAAUUUUGGCAUGAAAAAGAAUAGGAUUCCUUGUGAUAGUGUUGUUACUGGACAUGGAACUAUUAAUGGAAGACGGGUUUUUCUCUACAGUCAAGAUUUUACAGUAUAUGGAGGCAGUUUGGGUCUAGCUCACUCACAAAAGGUUUGUAAGAUUAUGGAUCAAGCUUUAACUCUGGGAACGCCUUUGAUUGGACUGAAUGAUUCUGGUGGUGCCAGAAUUCAAGAAGGCGUUGAAUCAUUGGCUGGAUAUUGUGAAAUAUUCAAGCGAAACGUGGAUGCAUCUGGUGUUAUUCCUCAAAUAUCCCUUAUAAUGGGACCAUGUGCUGGUGGCGCUGUCUAUUCUCCAGCUCUAAUGGAUUUUAUUUUUAUGGUUCGCGGUACCUCCCACCUUUUCAUCACUGGACCUGAAGUUGUCAGGCAGGUCACCAACGAAUCGGUUACUCAAGAUGAGUUGGGAGGUGCGAAAACGCAUACUACGCUUUCUGGGGUCGCUCACAGAGCUUUCGAUAAUGACGUUGAGGCUCUGUUGUCUCUUCGACAUUUUUUGUCCUUUCUGCCAUCAAAUAAUCGAGAACUACCUCCGCAUAGAGAAUGCUGUGAUCCUAUGAAUCGUGAUGUUCCCCUUUUGGAUCAAGUUGUUCCUCUCGAUCCCUUGGAGCCCUAUGAUAUGCACAAAAUCAUUAAUGCAGUAGUUGAUGAGUCUGAAUUCUUUGAAUUGAUGGAAUUCCACGCGCCUAACAUAAUCACUGGUUUCGCGCGUCUGGGAGGCUAUCCCGUUGGCAUAGUUGCCAACCAACCAACAGUCGCCGCUGGUUGUCUAGACAUUGCAGCCUCAGUGAAGGGGGCCCGUUUUGUCCGUUUCUGUGACGCCUUCAAUGUUCCACUCAUCUCUCUUGUUGAUGUGCCUGGAUUUCUGCCUGGUGUGGGUCAAGAGACCGCUGGAAUCAUUCGACAUGGUGCUAAACUCAUUUUUGCGUUUUGUGAAGCUACUGUACCGAAGAUUACGGUGAUCACUAGAAAGGCUUAUGGUGGAGCCUAUUGUGUUAUGAGCUCGAAACACAUGCGAGGCGAUAUCAACUACGCUUGGCCAUCAGCUGAGAUCGCGGUGAUGGGAGCUAAGGGUGCAGUGCCAAUAGUCUUCCGCAGUGAAUGCACCUCACCGGAGGCGGUGGCUGGUCUGGAGGCCUCUUACGAGCGGGCAUUUGCGAGCCCAUUUCCCGCAGCAGCUCGCGGCUACGUGGACGAUAUAAUUGAACCUCGUAGGACUCGAGCUCGUCUGUGUGCUGAUUUGGAAUUACUUCGAAACAAACGCCUUCCAACAAGUACGCGAUUUCCUCGAAAACAUGCUAAUAUGCCCCUGUAA